AUGUCGGAUACUGGGCCGCCAUCGAAUGGGCUGGUGGAUGCUUCGCAAGUAGCGUCGCAAGCAGCAUCGGUUCGAGGUCAGGAUCCACAUUACAUUGAGGCGCUAGCGUCGCUGGCGGCGAUAGGGUCGACAUUGUUGACCAACGAGCUUCCAACCACCGAUCCACUAUCGACGUUGAUUCAAAAACAUCUGCCGCCGCACAUGCGACCUUUACGAGACCUAUCCGGAGACUGGCACACUCGCUCUUUCACAUCAGAUAACCAGCCCGCACAUAUCGAAACGCAUGCUUCCACCGACAUUACACCACACACUGUACGACAGGCAGCAGCAUCUAGCGCAUGGCGUAAAAUUGCUCGGCUUGCACGCACACACAUCCAGAAAUACGCGCAUCACGAUCAAUCAGACCAGCUGGACACGCUUCAAGACGAGACGAGUGUACAAGACGUGCUCGAAUGGUGGAGCGUAAGACUGUACUCAUUGGCGCGGCUCAAGUUGUAUUCGAUCCUCAGCACCGAAUUGAAUGGCGUGUGGCAAGUGAUAGAAACAACAGCGGUGGAGCGAGGCAAGAUGCUGGUAGAUACCGACAUGGUGCCGUUCACGAUGAGGGUGUUGAAGGCAACCGAAGCAAAGUACAGAGGCGAUGUGCGGUCUAGUGUGGAAGCGUAUGUGGAGCUGAUUCGGCUCUGCAAGCGCCGAAUGCGAGAGCUUGAAAGCGAGCAGCCAAAGAUAUGGAAAGAGCGGGCAAUUCAAGUGGGACUCAUGCUAGCGUUCACGCUGGCGGAAACGAAAGACUAUGCUGGAGCGAUCCAACUCGUUGUACCGCUCGUCGAGUCGGCACUGGAAUCGAAAAGCGAUCCGCAAGACGCCAUGCAGAGCAUCCACCUUGUCGUCGUCGCUUCGCGAAUUUGGAUUCAAGCAGGCCAUCUUUCGAGUGCCAUGAGCCUGCUCGACCGAGCCCAACUCCUCCUCGCUUCUCCUCCGCCUGCGUAUAUACAACAUCAACUCGCACACUCGCGUGCGCUCAUCCACGCCAUCUCGGGCGACUUUUCCAGCGCCUCUUUCGUUUCCGCCUCAACAUUGACGCAACAGCUCAAUUCAGCCAUCAGUUGCUUCUACUCGGCUCACCUGGACGACGCCAUCUCGCGCCUACAAAGCGUGCUUGCAGCCGAACCCGCUUCGGUGGCAAGCGCCGAUGCGGUGAUUUUCAACCUGGCAACACUCUACGAACUCGCAAAGCGAGGAGACGCAGAGGUGCUCGAGAGUAAGACGCAGCUCCUGGCUACCGUGGCCAGCUGGGCGGGUGAACCAGGUGUCAGUAGCUCGGCCUUCAAAUUGUGA